ACAAAGAAAAGGUUUCAAGUUCAGCCAUUCCACAAGCAGAGCACUCCAAGCAACGAAGCAAAGCCAAACCAUGGCAGUGGAGAAGAAGACAGGUUCUUGGCAACUGCAAAGCGGUCAAUACCUCGGAGAAAUAUCAGCUCUAUGUUUUCUUCACCUACCUUCGAGCUUCUCUUCUUUCCCUUAUCUCAUCGCCGGGUCGGGUUCUCAAAUCAUGGUGUAUGAUUUGGAAGUGGGAAGAAUGGUUGCAAUGGGGCAGCUGGUGAGUGUCAGUUUGACGCUCUUACAGUCCUUGCCAAAGUUUGCUAAUUGGGUAUUGGAUGUUUCAUUCUUGAAGGGGUCUGUGAGUGGUUCGAAUGAGGAGGGUGAUUGUCUUGCUAUAGGGUGUAGUGAUAACUCUGUCCAUCUUUGGGAUGUCACAACUUCAACUGUGGUUCUUGAAGUUCACCAUCCUGAGAAAACCCUUCUGUAUUCAAUGCGGUUAUGGGGUGACAAUCUUCAAACUCUCCGUAUUGCAUCUGGUACUAUCUAUAACGAGAUUAUUGUUUGGAAAGUGGUUCCUCAGUAUGAUGCAUCAUCUUUAGCAAGUCAAGUAGAAGACCACAUUGAUCAGAGCAAUUUAUUUCCAAACUGUGUUCAGCCUCAUGGUUGCAAGUAUGAAGCUAGUCAUAUGUGCAAACUUUCUGGACAUGAAGGUUCCAUUUUCCGCAUAGCGUGGUCCUUUGAUGGAUCCAAACUGGUUUCCGUCUCUGACGAUCGCAG